AUGUUAGCACAAUCACUUCGUCUAUCCUUCUUCUAUUUCUGGCUCGUCUUCAUGGCGGGCCUCUUCUUUGGCUCAAUCCGUGUACCAUUUCUCCAACCGGCAUUGGGCACACGGUACGCUGAACUCCUGGAAAUGCCCAUCAUGGUUGUGAUGAUGUGGCAAUCCGCGCAGCUCACCCUAUGGCAACUUGAGGGAGGACACAGUGGGAAACAUGCGUUCCUCACACCGGUGGCGAUCGGAGCGCUCGCUCUACUGUGGCUGAUGAUCGUGGAACUCGCAACCACCGCGAUCCUGAAGGGUGGAUGGUGGAACGGCGUCAAGGUAUAUUUUGCCGGGCGGGAUUCGGUGGCUGGGCCUGUUUACGCUCUUGCGGUACUGGCGUAUGCAGUCAUGCCGUGGUAUAUCUGGUACAACCAGAAACCAGACGAGGACAAGGCGAUGUGGGAAGUUGAUAAGGCGGCGGUAGAGGAAGAUGAAUAUUGCAAUCGGGGAUGA